AUGUCCAAGACCGUUCACCUGCUCGACUAUGUCGCGGGCAAUAUUCGCAGUCUAGUCAACGCCAUAGAAACGCUAGGAUACCAAGUCGAGUGGAUCACGUCCCCCGAAGACGUGCCCAAGGCCGAGAAGCUCAUCCUCCCCGGCGUCGGCCACUUCGGCCACUGCCUCUCCCAGCUCUCCCAGGCCGGCUACUUGCCUGCCGUGCGACAGCACAUUUCCGCCGGCAAGCCCUUUUUCGGCGUCUGUGUCGGCCUGCAGGCCCUUUUUGAGGGCUCCGCCGAGGACCCCGACGUGCCCGGUCUUGGCGUCGUCGCCGCCUCGCUCGACCGCUUCGCCGACGCCGACAAGCCCGUUCCGCACAUUGGCUGGAACGACGCCGACACGCGCGGCCGCGCCGUCUACGACCUCCGCGCCGGCUCCAAAUACUACUACGUCCACAGCUACAAGUGCCCCUACACCCCCGGCGUUCUCGAGAGCCAGGGCUGGACCGUCGCCACCGGCACGUACGGCGGCGAGACGUUUGUCGGCGCCAUUGCCAAGGGCAACGUCUUUGCGACGCAGUUUCACCCUGAGAAGUCGGGCGUCGCCGGUCUGCGCACUAUUCAAGCGUUCCUCUCCGGCGCCGGCGCAAAGAGCCUCGGCGCGCCCCUCGAAGCCCAGCCGGCCGCGACUGCCGCGCAGGAUGGCCUGACAAGGCGCAUCAUUGCCUGCCUCGACGUCCGCGCCAACGAUCACGGCGACCUCGUCGUCACAAAGGGCGACCAGUACGACGUGCGCGACAAGGGGCCUGACAACCACGUCCGCAACCUCGGCAAGCCCGUCGACAUGGCGCGCGGCUACUACCACGACGGCGCCGACGAAAUCACCUUUCUCAACAUCACCUCGUUCCGCGACUGCCCCCUCGCCGACCUGCCCAUGCUCGAGAUCCUGCGGCAGGCCUCGCGCACCGUCUUCGUCCCGCUGACCGUCGGCGGCGGCAUCCGCGACACCGUCGACACGGACGGCACCAAGGUCACGGCCCUCGAGAUUGCCACCAUGUACUUCAAAUCCGGCGCCGACAAGGUGUCGGUCGGCUCCGACGCCGUCAUCGCCGCCGAGGAGUACUACGCCCUCGGCCGCAAACUCUUUGGCCACACGGCGAUUGAGCAAAUCUCGCGCGCCUACGGCAACCAGGCCGUCGUGGUCAGCGUCGACCCCAAGCGCGUGUACGUGCCCAAGCGCGACGCCACGCGGCACGCGCUCAUCGAGACCAAGUUCCCCGGCCCCAAGGGCGAGCCGUACUGCUGGUACGCCUGCACCAUCAAGGGCGGCCGCGAGACGCGCGACAUGGACGUCGUCGAGCUCGCCCAGGCCGUCGAGGCCAUGGGCUGCGGCGAGCUGCUCCUCAACUGCAUCGACCGCGACGGCACCAACUCCGGCUUCGACCUCGAGCUGAUUGCCCAGGUCAAGGCCGCCAUCAACAUUCCCGUCAUCGCGUCGAGCGGCGCCGGCGUGCCCGCCCACUUUGACGAGGUCUUUCGCAAGUCCACCACCGACGCCGCCCUCGGCGCCGGCAUGUUUCACAGGGGCGAGUACACGGUGCGUCAGGUCAAGGAGUACCUGGACGCGCAGGGCCUGGUGGUAAGAAAGUUUGAGGAGGAUGACUUGGGGCACUCGUGA